CGCUUGCUGCGCCCUUCCCCAGUCACAGCCUCCGUGCCUCGCUCUACUCCAGCGCGGCAAAAAUGUCCAGCCCUACAGAGACUGAGCGGUGCAAGUCUCUGAUUGCUGUUUUCCAGAGAUAUGCUGGAAAGGACAGGAACAGCAGCAAACUCUCCAAGACCGAGUUCCCAGCCUUCGUGAACAGAGAACCGGCUGCCUUCACAGAGAACCAGAAGGACCCUGGUGUCCUUGACUGCGGGAUGAAGAAACUGGACCUCAACUGUGAUGGGCAGCUAGAUCUCCAAGAAUUUCUUAAUCAUAUUGGGGGCUUGGCCACAGCUUGCCAUGAAUCCUUUAUCAAGUCUACUUAUUCCCAGAGUAAAUCUCAGGAGCCCUUGGGCCUGGCCUCCAUACCCGCCCACCUCUUUUCCUUCCAGCCUCCCAACCAUCAUCUACUCCUCACAGCCCACACAUACCCUGAGCCCAGCACACCCGCCACCCCAUGCCAGCCACUCCUGCUGCUGUUAAUAAAACAAUAUCGUUUUUUAACACACACACACACACACACACACACACACACACAAAAGGGGCAGCUUCCAUUUUCUGCUGUCCAGCUAAUUUCCCAUACACCUCCUGAUAACUGCACCCCCGUUUCUUUGGGGGACUUCCUCCUUCACUCCACGUGGUCCUGA